GGGAAGGAUUCAGCAGCAAUGACUGGAGGAUGGACCCCGGGCGCUGGCCGCUGAGUUUGGGGUUUUGGACCACCAAGCUGUGACAACACCUUCUUGUGAAAGCGCUUUGGAAAAUUUAAAGAGGUCUCUAAGCUACAGCAUUCCCACCAUGGAUUGCCAAGAAAAUGAGUACUGGGACCAAUGGGGACGGUGUGUCGCUUGCCAACUCUGUGGGCCUGGACAAGAGCUCUCCAAGGAUUGUGGUUAUGGAGAAGGUGGAGAUGCAUACUGCGCAGCCUGCCCUCCCCGCAGAUAUAAAAGCAGCUGGGGCCACCAUAGAUGUCAUACUUGCAUCACCUGUGCUGUCAUCAAUCGUAUCCAGAAGGAGAACUGUACAGCUACCUCUAAUGCCGUCUGUGGGGACUGUCUGCCCAGGUUCUACCAAAAGACACGUAUUGGAGGCCUGCAGGAUCAAGAGUGUAUCCCAUGCACGAAGCAGACCCCCACCUCUGAGGUUCAGUGUGCCUUCCAGUUGAGCUUAGUGAAGGCAGAUGUACCCACAGUAUCCCCUCAGGAGGUCACACUUGUUGCACUGGUGAGCAGUCUGCUCAUGGUGUUUACCCUGGCCUUCCUGGGGCUCUUCUUCCUCUACUGCAAGCAGUUCUUCAACAGAAAUUGCCAGCGUGUUUCAGGAGGUUCGCUGCAGUAUGAGGCUGACGAGGCAGCGGAAGAGGAAUCUCUCUUCCCCAUGCCACCUGGCCAGGAGACCAGUCCUGAGUCCCCACUGAGUGAAAGCAUCUUUGAGACCCAGGCACUUAACCCCAUCCUGGAUGACGACUGCAGCUCGACUCGUGGCUUCCCCACACAGGAGUCUUUUACCUUGGCCUCCUGUGCCUCAGAGAGCCACUCCCACUGGGUCCACACUCCCAUCGAAUGUACAGAGCUGGACCUGCGAAAGAUUUCCAGUUCUGCUUCCUAUACUGGAGCUGAGACCUUGAGGGGGAACACAGCUGAACACUCUGGAGACAGACUGGAGCUCACUGUACCCUUUGAAGUACCCAGCCUUUCACUCUACUGA